CUUAAUCUCCACCACCAUAUAGCACUUAGGGGGCCACCAUAAUAUGUACCAGUCAUGGUCUCUAGUGAAUGACUUGUGCCAGAGGAUGGAUACUAGGGCUUCAUUCAGCUCCUUGCAUCCAGCUUGCCCCACAGUGCUGCAACCCCAGUUCAGCUCUCGGUAGAGUCCCGCUGGCACUAAUUGCAGCUUUCCGGUCACUAUAGCGACGGGUGGGGCGAGCCGGCGAGUCUCCUUUAGAACUACAUCUCCCAUCAUGCAUCGGACCCUAGGGUGCUGGGCUCAGCCUGAACCCGAAGACCCGACUGACCUCGCGCUCCAGGAGGGAUAGGGGAUGAGAAGCGGAACAUGACGGUAGCAUGGCCCAGGGCAUGAUAGAGGUGGAGCGAAAAUUUGUUCCAGGGCCUGGCACAGAGGAACGGCUGCAGGAGUUGGGAGGCUCUCUGGAGCACCAGAUCACCUUCAGAGACAUCUAUUAUGACACCCCCGAGCUGACCCUCAUGCAGUCUGACCACUGGCUGCGACAACGAGAGGGUAGUGGAUGGGAAUUAAAAUGUCCUGGAGCAGUGGGUGUCUCAGGAGCCCACACUAAGUAUGUGGAACUCACAUCUGAUCCUGCAAUUGUGGCCCGCCUGUGUCAGGUGCUAGAAGCUGAGGAGCUGGGGAGUGGAGGUGUAGCUGCUGUGCUGAGUCCACUGGGGCUGCAGGAAGUAGCUAGUUUUGUGACUAAGCGGAGUUCCUGGAAGCUGAUGUUCUCUGGAGCUGAUGAAGAUGAAGAGCCCCUGCUCAAGGUGUGCCAGCACAUGAGAAGGCACCUGCCAAGCUCAUCGUGUACCUGCAGCGCUUCCGGCCUCAGGACUACCAACGCCUGCUACAAGCACAUACCACUGGAGAGAAGCCACAGGGGACUGAACAUCCUGACAACCACUUGGGUUAGGGGGUGUCCCUUCUCAAAGGGCAAAAGAACUCUGGGUUCAGUGGGGUCCACACUUGCACUCAUGGUGCCUCUUUCCUUCGAACAGUGCCCCCCCUCUCUCCAGCUCUGCCUGUUCUUUCACCCUGUCCUUAGUUACCCUUCCGAGAGCCCUCCCUGGUUGCCUUCUCUCCCUCAUCAGUCAGAUGCAAUCUGUGGGCCGCCCCUCUCCCCUGGCCGCUAAGCAGCCUCCAUUGAUUUCCGCUCGUGUUUAUAGGAUUUCCACUUAGCCGUGAUCAGUAGUUAAGCACAGGAAAAUCCCUUGCCACCCCCCCUCCCUUGGUCGAUGCCAUUGAUUCUGCCAGCGGCUCUGAAACUGCCUUACAGCUGAGUUAGAGAUGAGGGGAGGCAGCAGGGAUUUCCCUGCCUUGGGUUGUGGGGAAUAGCAGCAGGGAGGUUGGGUUGGGUAUUCUUGUUAGAAAUUCUGCUUUAAUUUUUGUCACAAUGCCCACCUCUGGCCCAGAGGGCAGAGUGCCUCUUGUGGCAGUUCUGAGAUACAUGUGUUCCCAGACCUGGAAAGAGAUAGAGUUCCAGGACAGAUUCACACUUCCUAUGUGAGAAAGUUCUUUCCUUGCUGUUAUUUAUAUAUAUUUUCUACCUCAGACAUAUCCAAAUACGGUUUUCCACCUCC